AAAGUGUUCCGUAAAAUAUAUGCACUUCAGAAUCGCGUGAAGAACGCUCGUUGAUUGUGCUGCAUUUAUAGCUUGGAGUUGAUGUUAAACAGUGGAAUAAUCAGUGCAGCCAACAUGCGAACAAAUAUAGUGCCAGAGAACAAUGUGGGAACUAUUUCGCGUACGUGCGACACUCUGAAACCACUUCAUCGUUUACUUAAAUUAUUCUCACUAAACUGUAACACGAACAAACAGAUCAACAAGCCGACUUAUUACUUCUGCAAGAGUUUGCUAAUGGCAAUUAUUCUCGGAUCAUUAACAAUUUCUUCAUUGUAUUGGAAGAUUACCAAGUUAUACAGCGAAAUUAAUAUUUCUAUCAAAAUUACCGAUGUCAUCCAAAUGAUAUACGACUUAUGCCAAUAUUUAGUUGAUAUAUCUUUUGUAUUGGUCUACGGAAGAGACAUCAGCUUUGAAUAUUUCAAACAGUAUGCUAGAAUUGAUAAUAUUAUUACUAUGAAAUAUUAUUCAGAAAUAAAAUUAAGAAUUGUUAAAAUGAUUGCGUUUUUCGUCUUGAUUUGGGCGACGAGUAGUGUUUGUGAUUUUACUGCAUGGGUUUUUACUUUCGGAUGGCUGGCACCAUUUGUUUAUGCCAUUGCCUACGUUUACUUACUUAUAAAGAUCUUGACUACACUAGAUCUCAUUUCUCAAGUUAUGCAGAUCGAAUGUCGUUUACGAUGUCUCGGCGAUUUACUUUUAGCCUAUUAUUGUGGAGAAAGCAAAGAACAGGGUUUCAUUGAAGAUUGCGCGUUUAAAUAUAAUUGGUUUUACCCUAAUAAAAAAGUGGAUAAAGACUUUUUUCCUCGUCUAAAGAAAGUGGGAUCAAAUAUAACAGAUGAAAUAAAAUUGCUUGGAAAAUAUUAUCUGUUGCUAAUUGAGCAAUGUGCAUUUAUCAACAAAUUGUAUGGAAUGCGGGGAAGCAAGCGUUUCUGGGCUUUUAAUCAUGUCACAAUGGAAGCAAAAAUUUUAAUUUUCUUAAGAAUAUGA